AUGACUCGGACGCUCACAACGCCAAGCGGUCCACCAGCCGGCGCAGUAAAGACACUGACAAUGUUGUGGCCAACGCCAUCGCUCGGAAGAGAAACUCUACGAGGACAUCACCCGCAGCGAUCCACGCGCCGACAGAAACCCAAGGGACCAGAAGAAACAGCAGAUAAGCUAGGAGAUAGAGUUAAGACACGCCGGUCUGCACGACCCACAGCUACUGAAACUCAGAAGAGUAAAGCCAAAGAAGAUAUUGAAAUGGAUAUCGUGGAUUCAGAUGACGAGGUGCUGGAUCGAGGUAACCGUUCACAGUUAAGGCACCUGAGCGAACUCGGCUUGAAGGCUGUCACCAUUGAGGAUGAUGAAGAAGUUGAAGAGAGUGGAGAACUGGAAGAGAAUGAGGCUGAGGAAUUAGAAGAUGAUGGAGAUCUGGACGAGGAGGCGGAAGCCAUUGGCAAGCUACUGGACGAGGAAGAGGACUCGCCCAGCGAUGGGGACGAGGACUUCUACUGCUCUGCGGCUGCAUCACCAAGUGAACAACCCAGGAGGUCUAAAAGAUUGUGCUCUUCAUUCACAAAUGACAGUGACUGUUCAUCACCAGCUCGUGAGGAUGAGCAAAAGUGAAGUAUCAUCGGACAAUAACUUGUUAUCUUCAUAGAUAUCAAGUUAUUUGUAGUUCACUGUAGACAGAAUGCUUAUACAGGGUGUUUGUAGUAGAAAAUGUUUUGAAGUUCUAUAAGUACUUAGGAUUCAAGUUAUUCAAUGAUUUGCAUAUAUUGGCCAGCUCUCAAUAAUGAAUAGUAUAUUGUACCCAAUCAUUCCCAAAAAAUAUUGGUAAAUAAUCCUUUUGAAACUAUGUAUUAAUUUCUAGGUUAACAAUAGUAUUUUUGGUAUAUUU